AUGGCCGUACGAGAUGGAGCAGAGGCGCAAGCGCGGAAGCAGAGCCUGGAAGCGGCGGCGGAGCUCGCGCACUUUGACGCCAUCCCGUGGGUGCGAAAGCAAAUCGUCGACGCCGUGGCCCGCGACAGCAGUGUCGUUGUCGAGCAGUCGUACAGCCGCGUGCUCAAGCCCCGCGGCGAGGACGCCCUCGUCUCGCGCACCCUCAACCGGCCUGACGCUAUUGCUGGCUUCAUCACCCUCUACACGCCCCCACCAUCACCAUCACCAUCACCAUCACCAUCACCAUCACCAACAUCAGCCCCACAACCCCCACCGCCCCUCGUCCGCGAAAUCACCGCCUACCUCACCCUCGGCGCCUCCGUCAACGGCUGGGCCGGCAUCUGCCACGGCGGCAUCGUCAUGACGGUGCUUGACGAGGUCAUGGGCCAGCUGCCCGCCGUCAACAGGCUGCGCGGCGCCAUGGUUCCGGGCUUACCCCUCAUGACCGCCUACCUCAACACGCGCUUCCUGGCCCCGCUGCGCACGGGGACUACCGUCGUUGUGACCGCGCGGCUAAUUCGUGUUGACGGCAGGAAGCAUUUCAUGGAGGCGGGGAUUUGCGAUGAGAGGGGGGAGGUGCUUGCCGAGGCGGAUGCGUUGUUUGUGGUGUUGCGGGCGCGGUUGUGA